UCCCAGGAGUAUAAAUACAAGAGCUUAUGGUCAAGCUGCUCAGUUGUAGAGUUGUCUUGGUGAUAGUGACAAUGGCCUCCCAAGUGCGUCAGAAUUACCACAAGGACUGUGAGGCUGCUGUUAACAAGCAGAUCAACCUGGAGCUCUAUUCCUCCUAUGUUUACCUCUCCAUGGUCUCUUACUUUGACCGGGAUGAUGUUGCCCUGCAUCACUUUGCUGAGUUCUUCAAGGAGCAGUCCCACGAGGAACGGGAACACGCUGAGAAACUUCUGGAAUUCCAGAAUAAACGUGGAGGCCGAGUCCUCCUGCAGGACAUCAAGAAGCCAGAGCAGGAUGAGUGGGGCAAUGGUCUGGAGGCAAUGCAGAGAGCUCUGCAGAUGGAGAAGGAUGUGAACCAGAGUCUGCUGGAUCUGCACAAACUCUCCUGUGGCAACACGGACCCUCAUCUGUGUGACUUCCUGGAGAGGCACUACCUGGAUGAGCAAGUGAAGAUGAUCAAGAAGCUGGGAGAUCACAUCACCAACCUGAAGAGACUGGGAGCCCCUGCCAAUGGCAUGGGAGAGUACCUGUUUGACAGGCUCACUCUAGGGGGAGAGUGACUGAACUGACUGCAAGGAGCGAGCUUGUGCACAAUCUGCAGGGACUGUGGCUUCAAAUACAUGCUGCAUUGUAAUUUAGUAAAUGACUAAACUGUUCAUGGACUAAUUUUUGCCUCACUUGUUUAAUUGCACAACUUGAUCAAUCUUCCAAGUAUGGAGUAAGAUUGCUCUUCAAUCCAACAGUUCAGGGCCCACUUAUAAAAUUCUGUGAAAAUAGAUUGUCUUAGCAGCACAUCCUGCAAGUCUGAGAUUGUUAUGAGAAAAUGGACUUGGGUUGUUUCAAAACUCCAUGAUGUCUAGCUCGUGGGAAAAUCUAUGGCCACAACUGUUGAGAGCAGUUUUCCCAUAAAUUUCAGACUUUGUUUUGCCCUAGUCCAUGUUGGUUUUCAUGUGGGGUGUGGUUUAGCUGCUUGGGUGCCCAUGAGGAGGACAAAUACCACUGUUCCUUAGCCAUGUCUACACUUAAAUUCUCUUGCUCCCAUCCCUCUGUUCGAACCAAAAGCAAAGUGCUAUCGGCGUCACUGGGGAAGUGGUGUUUUUUUUAAACUCCAGCAUUGGCCUGUUUCCUUGUAGGAUCAAGCCUAGUCCAUGUCUGUCACUUGACCAUUUUUAAAAAGCCUACACCACAGUCCACCAACGAACUAGGCAAGAGAUUGAUGUCUCCAACAGUGCACCGUGGGAGGUUCCCUAAUGUCAAAGAUACUGACUUUGACUUUGGCUUAAAAUCAAGCCAUGAUUGCUGCCACUUGAUU